AUGAGCCAUUCAGCUUACUACAACUACAUGCUUAGCAAACAAUCUAACACUGCUUCAAGCAGUAAACAACAAUUCACCAAUCAACAUAACAUUAAUGAUCAUUCUCAAGAAUCAUCAUCAAAUGUUAGAACCAUUCCACACAUCUAUGGAUUAACUGAAUCACCAACAUCAAUCAUUAAUGAUUAUGAUAUUGAAUCUGUUACUGAAACUAGACCAUUAGAAAUCGGUCCAUCAGUUUCUAAUCAUUCUUCAUCAGGUGUUGAAAUUGGAAUGGUUGGAUAUAAUCCAAUCCCUCAAAUUCAACCAAAUGAUUGUUUACAAGAACCUGAAUUCCCACCAUUGCCAAUACCUGAUUUGUUUGAUCAACCUCAACAAAUCCCUCAACUUGGGUCAGCUCAAACAAUUGAUUCGGAAUUUCCACCAUUACCAAUGCCUGAUUUGUUUGAUCAACCUCAACAAAUCCCUCAAAUAGAUCAAGCAAUUGAGUAUGAAUUACCUCCAUUACCAAUUCCUGACCUUGACGAAGCUCAAAGACUUCAAAUAAUUGAACAAGCUAUUCAAGCUAUUCAAGAUGCAGAAUCACAUGCUCUAUUCAUGGAAGAAUAUACUCGCGAGUAUUUAAAUAUAGAAAGUUAUUAUGGUUUUGAAAAUAAUGAAUUUCAUAUGUAUUAG